GACCAAAUCUAUCCUCUUAUCCUCCCGAGGCAAGGUCCGUCAAUCAGUACCUUGCGGACGCAUCUAAUAAUGAUCGACAACGACACACAAAGCCGAUCAAAACUAUCCUCAAGAUUUCUCCUCCCCCCCCCCCAAUAUCAUACAUCCAGCCUCAAAAAUGAAACCCCACCAACUCCUCCCUCUCCUCUUCCUCUCCCUAACAACCGCAACCCCCAAACUCGAGGACUUCGACGCCCUAGGCGCCUGGUUCAAUGACCUCAACACCCUAACCACCCCCCAGAACCCCAACACCACCCAAAAUGCAACAACCAAAAACACCACAAUCGCAAUCAUUGGCGCUGGCAUUUCCGGCCUAACCACCGCUCUCCUCCUCGACAGCGUCGGAAUCCACAACUGGGAAAUCCUAGAAGCAAGCAACCGGGUCGGGGGACGGUUCCGCACGAAAUACGUCGGGGGGACAGACGAAUGGGCCGAAAUGGGGCCUAUGAGGCUUCCGGUUCGGGUCCGGUAUACCGAUGGCGAGACGGUGGAGUACUCGGACCAUGCUAUGGUUUUUCAGCUUGCGGAGCUGUUGAAUAGCAUGAAUGGGGAUGAGAGUCGGUGGAAGAUCGAGUUUAUCCCAUGGAUACAGCAUCAUGAGAAUGAGUUGUUGGGGCGGGGGACGGGGCGGUUGGCUGAUGGGACGAUACCGACGAGGGGAGAGGUGUUGAGGAACGAGUCGGGGUUGGGGAAGAAGGCGCCUAUGGCGACGGAGGAAUAUGGGCGGGUUAAGGGUAAAAUGGAGGGGAUUUUGAAGGAGAAGGAGAUGUUGAAGUUUAUUCAGCGGGAUGUGUGGCGGGCUCAUCGGGUGGUUAUGGAUCGCGGACUGGAUGAGUGGAGUGAGCAGGGGAUGAUGAGGCAUGUGUUUAAUGCCAGUGUGAAUGUUACGGAUGCGAUCUGGACGGAUAGCGAUUAUGAUGUGUUUUGGGAUGAGAUGCAUCAUAAUUCUAACCUUGGGUUGGAUGGGAGUCCGGGGUCUUACGGGGAGACAGAGUGGGUUUGUGUUGAACGCGGGUUUAAUCGUUUGUCUGAUGCCUUUUUACCGCAUGUGAGUGACCGGCUGGUUCUGGAGAGGAAGGUUAGGAGGUUGGAGGCCGUUUCUGGGCCCGAUGAACGCACGCAGACGAGGCUGUCGUGGUAUCCGUCCGUCGAGAAUCGGACGUACGAGAGCAAGACGUAUGAUUAUACCAUCAUGGCAGUUCCGUUCACCAUGGCUCGAUUUAUGGAUCUGCCGAAGUUCUCGUCGGUUCUAGGUCGCGCGAUCAGUGAGGCUGGUCUACGCUUCAAAUCUGCCUGCAAGGUCGCUCUUUUAUUCUCUGAGCGUUUCUGGGAGAAGGGGGAUAAGCCUAUUUUCGGGGGCUACUCUACUCCGCCUAGUAACUCUGUUGGGGCUUUGUACUAUCCCGUGUACGGACUGAACGAGUCUCGUCCAGGUCUCAUUAUGCACUACCGUGGCGGAGACUGGAGCGAUCGAUUUGUGAGCUUCUCAGAUGAAGAGCAUGUGCACACUGCGCUGGAUGCCGUCGUUUCAUUGCAUGGUGAACAUGCUCGGAAGCUAUUUACUGGCGACUACGAAAGGCUUUGCUGGCUACAGGAUGAACAUACAGCUACAUCGUGGUGCCGUCCGGAUGUUGAGCAACAUCGGUUGUAUAUUCCGGCUUACCAUCGGACGGAGCACAAUACGAUCUUUAUUGGGGAGCAUACGGCUCCGACGCAUGCCUGGGUGAGUAGCUCUCUGCAGUCGUCUGUUAGGGGUGUCGUGCAGUUGUUGUUGGAAUUGGGGCUUGUGGAGGAGGCGAAGAAGGUCAAUAGAGAGUGGAUGGGGAGGUGGAUUAGGUAGGGUGGUGUUGUAGUUCAUGGUCAUAUUGCAUGGAAUAACACCUACAGGAGCAAAGGAAAUUUUAUUAGUCUUCGUGCUUACUACUUUCCGUCAAGUAUACUCUUAAUGAUCCUUUCCCUAGCUUGACAACGGGGCCAUAGCCCUGAUUUCCUGCAGCCUACAUUAUUUUCCACUGGCCGGGCGCCCCCAUAAGACUCUGACAUAAUCUUCAUGGGUGGGAAUGACUUGCCUGAGGCAGUCCUAAUCAGUUUAGAAGACAAGAAGGAGUAAGAGGAAAAUAAUCGCUGGGUGAGACCAAUUCAAAAGAACAUCAUUAUAAAUCCGGGGUGGUUGUGGCCGUGGCCGUCGAUAGGCGACCAUGUUACUGUUCUAUGAACAAUCUAACAAGCAUAGAAUUAUGACGUAUCAAGGACAACGAAUAGCUAGAAAUU